AUGGCGAAGCGCCUCCGCCGUCGUCUCUACACUAUGUUGCCGUCCUUGGGAGGAUUACGCUCCAAAGGUAAUGCCGUCGCUCCUCCCUCUUGCUUCGAUCGAGACCUGGCCCUCAGUGACCCUUCUGCUUCCCUCCUCCGCGAACAACCUCUUGUAUCCCCCUCACGCUGCUGCCCCUCCCAGUCCCGGCGACGAGCGCCUCCAGAAGGCCUUCUCCUUCACCCGGGCUACCCGACUCCGGCCUACCUAUGGCGGAAGGAAAAGUGGUGGCACGUAGUGACCUGCGCUGCAAUCGGCGGAAGUGAUGGCCACUAUCCCACCGUUCCUCGGCAGAAAAUUGACUCCGACGACGGGGUUUUCCCCCCGCUGGUCCUCCGACGGGUAAGAAGGGGGAAGGCAGUGACGCGGAGGCCGAGGUCUUCGAUGCGCUUCCGGCGGCGGGGCAGAAGUAAUUCCUCGGCGGACGACGAAGACGACGAGGAGGACGAUGACGACAGCGGGUGGUUCAGCAGCGGCGAGGAAAUGGGGGCGACGAUAUCGACGUCGGAUGUGGAAUCUUCCGACAAAGUGCCGCGGCGGCGAUGGCCGAGGAAAAAUGGCAGGGUCAUGACGACGAAAAGAUGCGCGUCCUGGACGAAAAGGGAGACGGCGGUCGGGAGGCUGAUUCCGUUCGCAUCGCCGGCGGUGAAGGAGAGUUUCGCGGUGGUGAAGUUGUCGGAGGAUCCUGAGGAGGAUUUUCGGCGGUCGAUGGCGGAGAUGGUGGCGGAGAAUAAGAUGUACGACGUGGAGGGUCUGGAGCAGCUUCUGUGCUGCUUUCUGUCGUUGAAUUCGAGCCAUCACCACGCUGCCAUUGUAGCAGCCUUCGAGGACAUAUGGGACACGGUUUUUCCGGCGCAGAUUGUCGGCAAUGUUGGCUCCUAA